UUGAUUCCGAGGUCUCGGAGAGUGGCGCGUGCGAGUGACCCACGUUGCGAGUGAAAGGCGUGAGACAGAGUGGUGACUCGGGACCAGGGUCGGAGCUCUUGGCAGUGGAACCGAGGGAAGACACGCGGGCGGGUGGAGAGGGGCGGGGGCCGCACAGGGUCUCCCUAGUCGCGUCGAGUCCCCUUUGAGGGCAGGAGCAGAGAAGAGAGCCACUAGUUGGGGACCUAGAGCAGAGGGGCUACAGAAAGGUCGCAGGCGGUUGUGGCGAUGAAGACGACGAGGAGACUCCGUGGAGGGUAGUGCUGCUGGAGACAUGAUCUGGAGAAACCCUGUCGGUGAGCGGGAGGCGAUGGGAGAAGCUGGAAAGGACCAGAGAGGGAGGGAGCCAGACAGAAGGACAGAGAUGUGAAAGGGUCGUGUAGAUGGGCGUGGACGGAAGUAGCAAUGCGGAGGGGCAAAAGAGGAUUCAGGGAGCAGUUUAUGAGGGAGAAGUGUGGAGAGAGAGAGAAGCCACCGAGAUUGAGCUCUUAGAGUGCUGCGUAGAGGAUCCCUAGGGCCUGAACAAGUGAAGGCACCCGAACCAGGCACCUAAGGCAUUUCAAGUAGGGACUUCCUCCAUUUGACUGGGAAUGUGGGUCCUCCUCCGAAGUGCGUACCCCCUCCGUAUCCUGUUGCCCCUGCGUGGGGAGUGGAUGAGUCGGAGGGGCCUGCCCCGAAGCUUGGUGCCAGGCCCUCCUCGCAGGCGGUAUAGGAAGGAGGCUCUCCCAGCCUUGGAGGUACCAGUGUUGCCUGUAACUGCCACUGAAAUCCGUCAAUAUUUGCGAGCACAUGGGAUCCCCUUCCAGGAUGGCCACAGCUGCCUGCGGGCACCGAGCCCCUUUGUGGGGGCCUCGCAGCUCAAGGACCAGACUAGUGCUACCACUUCCUUCAGCCUCUUCAUUAACAAGACCACAGGCCGCUUUCUCUGCAUGACCAGUCUAGCAGAGGGGAGCUGGGAAGACUUCCAGGCCAGUGUGGAGGGGCGCGGGGAUGGGGACAGAGAGGGAGUCCUGCUUAGUGAAGCCCCAGAAGCUGAGGACAGUGAGGAAGUCCGGAGGAUCUGGGACCGAGCGGUACCUCUCUGGGAGCUUCCUGAGCCAGAGGAGGCGCAGCUGGCUCGCGUGAUGUUUGGCCUUACCAAAGUGACGGACGACACACUCAGGCAUUUCAGUGUGCGGUACCUGCGGCCUGCUCGCAGCCUUGUCUUCCCUUGGUUCUCCCCUGGAAGUAUGAGACUACGAGGCCUGAAGCUCCUAGGGGCUGAGGGCCAGGAGGGUGGAGUGCACUAUGUGGAGACCACCAUUCCCCGCCCUGGUGCUUACCACAAUCUGUUUGGAUUACCACUGAUCAGUCGGCGAGAUGUUGAAGUGGUACUGACGAGUCGUGAGCUGGACAGCUUGGCCUUGAACCAAUCCACAGGGCUGCCCACCCUUGCCCUUCCCCGAGGAACAGCCUGCUUACCCCCUGCCUUGCUCCCUUACCUUGAACAGUUCCGACGUAUUGUGCUCUGGCUGGGGGAUGACCUUCGGUCCUGGGAAGCUGCCAAGUUGUUUGCCCGAAAACUGAACCCCAAGCGAUGCUCCUUGGUGCGGCCUGGGGACCAGCAGCCCCGUCCCCUGGAGGCCCUGAACCGAGGCUUAAAUCUUUCUCGAAUUCUGCGUUCUGCCCUGCCUGCCUGGCACAGGUCUAUUGUGUCUUUCCGGCAGCUUCGGGAGGAGGUACUAGGAGAACUGUCAAAUGUGGAGCAGGUAGCUGGUGUCCGCUGGAGCCGCUUCCCAGACCUCAAUCGUCUCUUGAAGGGACAUCGGAAGGGCGAGCUGACGGUCUUUACAGGGCCAACAGGCAGUGGAAAGACGACAUUCAUCAGUGAGUAUGCCCUGGAUUUAUGUACCCAGGGGGUGAACACGCUAUGGGGUAGCUUUGAGAUCAGCAAUGUGAGACUAGCCCGGAUCAUGCUGACACAGUUCGCUCUCGGGCGGCUGGAAGACCAACUGGACAAGUAUGAUGAGUGGGCCGACCGCUUUGAGGACCUACCCCUCUAUUUCAUGACUUUCCAUGGACAACAGAGCAUCAGGACUGUAAUAGACACAAUGCAACAUGCGGUCUAUGUCUAUGACAUUUGUCAUGUGGUCAUCGACAAUCUGCAGUUCAUGAUGGGUCACGAGCAGCUGUCCACAGACAGGAUUGCAGCUCAAGACUACAUCGUUGGGGCCUUUCGGAAGUUUGCGACAGACAGUAGCUGCCAUGUGACACUGGUCAUUCAUCCCCGGAAGGAGGAUGAUGAUAAGGAACUACAGACAGCAUCCAUUUUUGGUUCAGCCAAAGCAAGCCAGGAAGCAGACAAUGUUCUGAUCCUGCAGGACAGGAAGCUGGUAACUGGACCAGGCAAACGGUAUCUACAGGUGGCCAAGAACCGCUUUGAUGGAGACGUAGGUGUCUUCCCGCUUGAGUUCAACAAGAGCUCUCUAACCUUCUCCAUACCACCAAAGAGCAAGGCCCGGCUCAAGAAGAUCAAGGAUGACAAUGGGCUAGUGGUUAAAAAGCCCUCUUCUAGCAAAAAGGGUGCUGUGUCCCAGAACUCUGAGACUUACUCGAGCAAGGCCCCCAACCCCUACCAGCCAGACCCCUCUAAGCCUUCAAGGUGAAGGCAGUACAGAGCUGGACACUGAAAUAAGCCUGACAGGACAGGCUGGGGCAUAGACUCUUUAUUGGCCCUCUGCUAGGGCUGCCUCUGUCCUGUGGUCCUGAGCUACGGGCUCUUCUCAGUCUGAGGGACCUAGCCUAGGGCAGGGUCCCAUAGUGAGAGAAUUCAAUUUAGCAAAUAUUUGAGAACCUACUGUGUGCCAGGUUUUGUUCUAGGUCCUAGGAAUAUAGCACUGACAAGACAGAUGAGGUCCCUGCUUCCAUGGAACUUAAAAUUUGGUGUGGGGACAAGUAAGCUAAUGAACAAAUAAAUACAAAACACACUUUUAGAUAAUGAAAAAUGCUAUUCAAAAAAUAAAAUAGUCAUGGGAUAGUACUUACAGGCUAGUUUAGAUUAAGGUCUGAAAAGUUGUCUCUGAGCAGAGGACAUUUGAGCCCGGGCCUAAAGAACUAGUAUUGAGCCACGUGAACAUCUGGAGAAAGAGGGAUCUAGGCGGAAGGAAAGGUAAAUACAGAGGCCCUGAGGUGGGAAUGAGCAAGUUGAGUUCAGAGUAGUGGGGUCAGGCCCCCUGAACCUGGAGGAGAAUAGGGGACUUCUGGCCAAAAUUCCAGCAUAGGCUUUCCGAGCCGAAGGGCGACAUGGUAGGUACCAAACUCCUCCGCUCCAGUCGAGCCUGCUGUGUGGUGGCACUCACUACCAUUGGAUCCUAGGUGCUUAGCCCUGUAAUAUUAGGGCCCCAAAGGUGGAAGCUUGGCCAGAGAGCCAUGGAAAGAAGCUGUGAACCUAGCGUGCCUGCCACCUGGACACAUUGUAUGGUAUGCUGCCUCAGACCGCUGCAGUGGAUGCAGUCAUAAUUUUUUGUAGAGCCUUUUGAAGUUUUACUAAAAUAAAUUUUC